CAAAAGUAAACAAACUCAGCCUCAAAAUUCCAAAUAAAAACAGCAUGAUUCGGAGAUUAGAAACACGCUUAAUGCACCCCUUACUGUCAGUUUGCUGUUCAAGUAUUCACAUUGCUCUUUGUGGUGACAUAAACAGUUGUACGCCGAUUGCGCGAGCUGCUCGUAUUUAUUAGCCAUUGGCAGGGCCUCGGUCUGGAUUGACGAUUGGUUUCUAAGUAGCUGGCAUAAGACAGGACCAUUAAGGGUACAAAUAAACUAAAUAUAGACGUUGAGUUGUGUUUAUCCUCCAUUCCUCUGGUAGGCUAGAUAUAUUCUCCAGCAGAACUUAAUACUUCAUGACGUCUACAGGAGCGGAAUUCCACUUCGAUCCACCAUUAACUGUAGCAAAGUAGCUUAUUUUUCUUCUCCCAAAGCAUUCUUGAGCUACACAGUAGUAAGUUAACAUCCAGCGGUCGCCAGGGCCGAGGGAGAUCCAAGGGUUAAAGAUACCAUUGAUAAGUGGAGCUCGUUUCUUGCAAUUUGGCUGCGGCUGUUAAACGGUGAGUUUCCUCCAACCAGUUUGUGUGGGAAGGCGCCUGGUCCUCCUCGACCUCGGCGCUUCUGUGAGCGCUUCGCCAGCCUGAAGAAGUCCGGGGCUCCUUCAGACGUCUGCAGUCCCGCUCUGAGGCGCAUCUCCUCUGCCCAGAUGCAUCUGCGCCUUCUGACCAUUUUAACCUUGGUUUGGCAGGCUAUCACCAUGAGUGCAAGACGACCCAGAGCUUUCACAGACGAACAGGAGCACUGCCGGAGCUGCAUGGAGUGUUCCCACGACAACGGCUGUGUGCGUUGCCCCGAGCGCCUCUUCCUGUUUCUGAGGAGAGACGGGAUGUCCCACCAUGGCUCCUGUGUGCACGCCUGCCCUCCUGGACACUACGGCCAGAGGGGCCAGGACAUCAGCCGCUGUCUCAAAUGCCGUUCUGCUGACUGUGAGAGCUGCUUCAGCAGAGACUUCUGCAUGAGGUGUAGGCCUGGCCUUCGCCUGUUCAGAGGCCAGUGCUCCAGCAGCUGUCCGGCUGGCACCUUACCCACACUCACAGACUGUGUCGAGGGCUGUCUGGGGGUCCCGGAGGGGCCCUGGGGGGGAUGGAGCACCUGUCUCCGGGAAGGCCACAGCUGUGGCUUCAGGUGGGGCCGCCAAAGUCGGACCCGGGGGAUGUCUUUGAGCCAGCCUGAGCAGACGUCAGCACUCUGUCACCCUGAGAGCGAAACCAGGAGGUGCAGGAUGAAGAAGCGAUGUCCAACAGAAAGAAGAAAGAAGGAGAGAGGAGGAGGGAGGAAGAGAGGGAGGAAACAGACGCAGCAGCUUCUGAAUGAGACUGGAACGGAGCCACCGGGGGGAACAUAAUAAAAGACGCACCCAUUGACAUCGUGUGGCGUGACAAGAGUCGCUGAGGGGAACACGAUAAGUGCGGCACACAUAAGCGUAGCAUGGAGACACCUGGAUAUGCUAUCGAAUGCUGAGUCAUGUUCAGUGACAACUUCACAUUGGAACCAUACGACUGAAUCGCAUAUUUAUUCCAUACAUAUCACAGGAACCUUGCUAUGGCACACUGGGCCCCUCUCCUUCCCAGCAUGGCGCCAUAGUUACCAUCCAACUCGAGGAGCGAUCAGAGAAAGUCGUUUAAAACCUUGCAAGACCGUGCACCUCCGUAGAGAGGAACAAAUUGUAUUCCUGCACUGGAGCGUCAGCCAGUUGAUUGUUGAUGUCUCUGUCUAUCUUCUGUCUGUUCAUAACCAGCCUGUCGUGACACGUGCAUGCACCCUUCCUUCUUCACUCCUGGAGUAAAUCACGGAUCUGACGUGAAUGGAUGGGUAGCAGCUGUUCAGAAGUGAACAGGAUGUUUACCUAUCCAGCCAUGUUAAGAUCAGGGAUUUCCUGGUGGAGAGAGGAAGGUGAAACCCAGACAUGACCCCAGCUCAGUCCUGUCUGAGUUCUGCUCAGUGCAGAUGGAACCUUCUUGCCAGCUCUGUUGCCAAG